AUGAGGGCAGCUCUCUGGACCUUGGGGCUGGGGCUCUUUCUUCUCACUCUCAGGGCAGCCCCCCCUUGUCCUGGUGACCUGCGGCUGGCACACAGACAGAGUGCAUGCGAUGGAGUGGUGCAGGUCCCACGUGGUGGGGAGUGGGGACACUUGUGCAACCAGGAGUGGACACUGGCGGAGGCCGCUGUGGUCUGCAGGCAGCUUGGCUGUGGCUGUGCAGUCGGUGCUCCCAAGUAUGUCCCGCUACCAGGAGAGGUGGCUCGGCCCUGGCUGCACCACGUGUCCUGUCGGGGUCAUGAGUCCUCCCUCUGGGAGUGCAGCCUGGGUGCACGGAGUCAGAGCGCAUGCCCCCAUGAGUGGGUGGUGGUUGUACUCUGUGCCAAUGGCACUUUCCGGGAGAUCCGCCUGGUGAAGGGUCACAGUCCCUGUGCAGGACUCCCUGAGAUCAGGAAUGUGAAUGGGGUGGACCGCCUCUGUGGCUGGCACAUGGAGGAGGCCACAGUAUUCUGCCAGGAGCUGGGGUGUGGCCCUGCACUCCAGGCCCCCCGCCAGGGUGUGGACAUCGUCAGGAAGUACAUGGUUUGCAGGGGCACAGAGCCCACCAUCCGCAACUGCAGACUCAACAACAAGCUGCGCAGUGGCUGUGACCUCCAGCUGGAGGCAGAGGUGGUCUGCUCAGGACACCUGGAGGCCCGGCUGGUGGGAGGUGAGCAUCCCUGUGCUGGGCGCCUGGAGGUUCGGCGGGGCCUGACCUGGGGCACUGUCUGCCACACGGACCUGGAUCUGCCCACAGCCCACGUGGUGUGCCAGGAGCUGCAGUGUGGGUUGGUCAUCUCCAUUGUCCACGGCACCCUCUUUGGCCAAGGCUCAGGGCCAGUGUGGACAGAGGCCUCCCACUGCCUGGGCAAUGAGUCCCUGCUGUUCCACUGCCAGAGCGAGCCUGGGCGCCAGUGCCCGCAUGACCAGGACGUGGGGCUCAGGUGCUCAGAGUUCCGGCUGGUCAAUGGCAGCAGCAGCUGUGGGGGCCGUGUGGAGCUCCAGGUGCAGGGGUCCUGGGCGCCCCUCUGUGCCAUGCACUGGGACUUAGCAGAUACAGCCGUCCUCUGCCACCAGCUGAACUGUGGCAAUGCUGUGGCCACACCUCCAGGAGGCCACUUUGGGGAAGGAGGAGCUCCCCUGUGGCCAGAUGUGUUUCACUGUGUGGGGACAGAGCCUUAUUUGUGGAAUUGCCCAGUGAGCACGCUGGGGGCCCAGGCCUGUGCCCCAGGAAAUUCGGCCUCUGCCCUCUGCUCAGGUCUCCCAGACGCCUUACAUCUGAGGGACUGUCAGAGCCGUUGUGAUGGCCGGGUGGAGAUGGCCCUGGACGGCAUGUGGGGCCGUGUCCUGGACAACGCCUGGGACCUGCGGGCCGCCAGCGUGGUGUGCCGGCAGCUGGGGUGCGGAGGGGCAGAGCGAGCCUACGAUGCGCCCACCACGGGCCGUGGUGUGGUCCGGGUAUGGUUGAGCCGUGUGCGCUGCGUGGGCUCCGAGACCCACCUGACCCAAUGCAACGUGUCCAUGUCCCAGCGGGUGCCCACAGGGGUUUCACGGGACGUUGGCGUCGUGUGCUCUGGUGAGGAGCCUCCGGUACGGCUGGCCGCUGGGCUGGGUCGCUGCGAUGGUCGAUGGUCGUGUGGAGGUGCUCCAGAGGGGGAGUGGGGCACCGUGUGCGAUGAUGACUGGGACCUACAGGACGCGCAUGUGGCCUGCAGGCAACUGGGCUGUGGCCACGCCCUGAGUGCGUUGGGGUCCGCCCACUUUGGGGCUGGGGCUGGCCCCAUCUGGAUCGAGCUGGCUUGUGUGGGCCAUGAGUCUGCUCUGUGGCAGUGCCCGUCUGGGGCCUGGGGACGGCAUGACUGUGGGCACAAGGAGGACGCUGAGGUCUUCUGCUCAGGUGGUGCCCUGAACUUUUACGCAGCACACCUGCGAGGAGGUCCUGGUGGCUGUGCUGGCUGGCUGGAUGUGCUCUACAAUGGGACAUGGGGUUCUGUGUGCAGCCAUGCCCUCAAAGACAUCUCCUUGACUAUCAUCUGCAAACAGCUGGGGUGCGGGGAUCAGGGCUGGCUGGAGAACAAGCCAUUCCAAGGGGCAGGUUCCAGCACCGCCUGGGUAGACGACAUCGAGUGCCGCAGGCCACACAGCUCCACUCUGUGGCACUGUCCUUCUGCUCCCUGGGACCCACGCUCCUGUGCCCUGGGAGAAGAGGCCUGGAUUGCCUGUGAGGGCGCAGUGCGCGUGCGUGGCGGCAAGGAUGGCUGCUCUGGGCGCGUGGAGCUCUGGCACAGGGGCUCCUGGGGCACCGUGUGUGAUGACUCCUGGGACCUGGCAGACGCAGAGGUUGUGUGCCGCCAGCUGGGCUGUGGCCAGGCAGUGGAUGCCGUGCGGGGCGCUGCCUUCGGCCCUGGCUCGGGGCCCGUGUGGCUGGAUGAGGUGGGGUGUCGUGGCAGUGAGGCGUCCCUGUGGGGCUGCCCGGCUGAGCCCUGGGGACGCGGAGACUGUGAGCACAAGGAGUACGCGGGCGUGCGCUGCUCAGGUGUCCCUGGGACCACUGCAUCUGCCCUUUCCCUGGCCCCUCCACCUGUUGCUGAAGGCUGGACCUUGCCUGAAAUCGCCUGCCUGGUCCUUGGCUUCGUCCUGGGCCUCGUCUUCCUGGUGCUAGGUGUCCAGUGGUGCCACAGCAGUGCUGCCUGCAUGGGUUCUGGACUGUCGGGGAACCAGGCCUCAGAGGGCGUCUAUGAGGACAUCGAAGCUGUCCCUGUGAGGGAGGAAGAUGAGGUGUCCCCAGAAUCCAGGGGGCCCAUGCAGGAGGAAGAUUAUGAUGAUGCGGCAGAGCCUGAGGAGGGCCACCAUGAUGAGGGGGCGGAGUCUGGGGCCUUGCUGAGCCCCACAGGUGUGCAUCUCUGCGCCCUGGGGUCCGUGGCCCUCUUCUUGCUGUACUGCUCCCAUGUGCAGGGCUCUGCUCUGGCCAGCACCUACAUUUAA